CGGCGGUGAGGCCGCCAUGGAGGAGCGGCGGCGGCGGGCGCUGAGGAGGAGCCGGGUGCUGCUGGUGGAGGGGCUGCGGCUCGAACCGCUCUGGGCGCCGCUGAGGGACCGCGGGGUGUUCACCGCGGAUAUGGUGGAGGAGCUGCAGAGUCUCGGCACACGCAGGGAGCAGGCCCGGCAGCUGGUCAUCGACCUGGAGAGCCGCGGGCAGCAGGCUUUCCCCGUGUUCGUCUCGAUCCUGCGGGACACAGGGCAGGGCGAGCUGGCGGAUGCGCUGAGCGAGGCGUGCGGGAGCCUGCCGUCACAGCCCAGAGACCUGAGGCCUGUGGAGCUGGAGCCGAGUGGAGAAAAGCGUGGUAAAAGUGCGAGCGCCGUGGAACGCUUGUCCAUCCCGGUCCAAGCCAAGAGUGAACAAUUUCGAGCACCUCCUGCACCAGCCCAGGGUUCAGCCGUUGACAAGAGCGACCACAAUCUGGUCUACCAGCUGAAGGCAGACCCUUGUGGACACUGCCUGAUCAUCAACAACAUCACCUUCAGCCCGGACUCCGGUCUGUCGACUCGAACCGGGUCCGAUGUGGACUGCGAGAGGCUGGAGAAGCGCUUCAAGUCCUUGUGCUUCCGCGUCCAGACCUUGAAGGAUCUCAAAGCUCAGGAAAUCAACACACAGCUGCGGAGUCUGGCGCAGGAGGACCACAACGCCCUGGACUGCUGCCUGGUGGUCAUCCUCUCCCACGGCUGUCAGACAAGCCAUAAUCAGUUUCCCGGAGGGAUUUAUGGAACGGACGGAAAAAGUAUUCCAAUUGAAAAGAUUGUGAAACAUUUCGAUGGGUCCAAUUGCCCAAGUUUGAGAGGAAAACCCAAACUCUUCUUCAUCCAGGCCUGUGGUGGAGACCAAAAAGAUCAAGGAUUUGAAGUGGAUUGCGAAUCACCCGAAGGUGAAGCUUGCAGAAGUUCCGUAGAGUCGGAUGCGACUCCUUUCCAGGCUCCGUCGGGUACUUUGGAUGAGCCGGAUGCCGUAGCCAGUUUGCCCACACCCGGUGACAUCUUGGUGUCCUAUUCAACCUUUCCAGGUUUUGUCUCCUGGAGGGAUAAGUUGAGCGGAUCGUGGUACGUGGAAACGCUGGACAGCGUGCUGGAACACCACGCCCGUUGUGAAGACCUGCUAACCCUGUUACUGCGGGUGGCAAAUGCCGUAUCUGCCAAGGGGAAGUUCAAGCAGAUCCCAGGCUGCUUCAACUUCCUCCGUAAGAAAUUCUUCUUCAUGUGCAAGUGACGUGUGGGUGCUGAGCUCCCCGCCGAGGUGAAAAUCGCUUCCCUGUGGCCGGACGAAAGCUGUGCCUGCCGUGACUCGGACCGGGUGCUCCUCGUGGCCUUCGUCUGCCCGUGGAGGUGCUCGUCUUGAGAAUUGUGAUCUGUGAGCAGUCAUCACUGUGAAAUAGCAAUAAAACGAGGACUGGCCCUGCGCUAACCAUGAGGAAGGGGCGUCUGAAGGAAGCGCCUUUGCCAGGGUGCGCAUCAGCCCGAUCCUCCGCCUUCACGGGGCGGGGGCCUCUACCUGGCCCUGACGUGGCUGCGCUCUGCCUCUCGGUGCUGGUCGGUGGUGAUCGUGUUUGUGUCCUCUGCUGCCUGGAUAGCUGAUGAUUGAGGGAAUCAGCGGAAUUGACCGAUGGAAUAAAUGGAAAGGAAUGAUUUCUCCAACAACAAUUUUUCUUUCUCAAUAAAACAAAAGGCAAAAACUCUUU